CAUAACCAAAUCUUAUGGUCAUGUCUAGAAUUGCUUAAGAUGUCUUGCUGGAUGUCUUUUUGGGUAGCUACUUUUUUGACGACCAUUACUGUCUGUCGGGGUUUGUGUAAUUUAGGCAGAUUAGGAAAUGUAACGACGGACCAAUCAUCAACUUACACCUAUACGGAAAAAUACAAUUAUACCAAAUUGACAGCAGAUCGAGCAGUCAAUGGAAGGUUUCUGAAUCAUUCUGGAGGCGACUGUGCAGGAACAGACGUCUAUGGAGUAUACAACCUGUCAUGGUGGAACAUUUCUCUACCCGACCCGGCAAUCAUUUACAAAAUCAACUUAAUGUUCAGAGAAAAUAAUAUCCGCCAUUACGGUUACUAUGUCUUUAUCAACAAAGAGGAUAUGGACAUUGAAGGUCUGACCUCCCUGACUCCCGUGUACCACGAAGAGGAUGAAGAGCAUCCCGGUGUCCAGAAUAUCAUUAUAUUCCCUGGUGGUAUCCAGGGGAAACAAAUGUACAUCUAUCAGAAUAAAUCAAAUCCCAAAAAUGAUGAUGCCGAUCUGAAAAACAACGUGUUGGAUAUCUGUGAGGUGGAAAUGUGGGGUUGCUUCAACUACACUGAGGACGUUAAUUGCACAUGUUCGCAAAAUGAGAGUGACACCCCCCUCCCAAAAGCAAUGCUAUCAUCGAUCGUUGCCUGGCCUAAAAAUAACCUAACGUUGAUAUGUCACCAGGGGGAUGUAACAUUCGGACCAAAGUUAGUUUUAACUCACAACAACAACGUUAAAACAAUUUCAUUCACUUGCUUUGAUGGAUGCAAAUGCCCUUGUAAACGAUUAGAGUCACAGAAUUUCAUCAAAGAUCCAAUUGUCCUUCAACAGAGAAUUGAGGAAACCAAACAAUUCCUGGCGGUGAAUAGAUCGGAGUUGUCUGCCUUUAAGAGGAAGAAGAUAUCCAGCUAUGACGGACGUGCUUCCUCUACAGGAAUAGGGAUGACUCUGGGGGUAGGGGUGAUAACCUUCGUUAUUGGCGCCAUCGUCUGUAGUGAUCUUCUCACGUGCAAAAACAGGAAUCAAAGAAGAAUGUUUCGUAAGACUUUGUGACUUUUUAUACCGUGGAACACCCUCUGAAGUCAAAAGCAAUUGCUUAGUUUAAUGAAAUCUGAUAGUAUGGGGGGGGGGGGGUUCCCCGAUAUUUUUUUUAUAAAAACAUACGUAUUAUUGAAUAUGAGACAUGAACAUUUUACAAGUUACAAUUUUUGUUUUUAAUUCUUGGAAUAAGUAAUGAUGCAAACAUGUAAACGUAUAAAACGGACAUGGUCACGAUUUUAUUUAUUUUUUUAGAUUUUGUUUUUCCAUUUUUAAUGUGUAUUGUGCUUAACGAAGCUAAAAUUUGAAUGUCAGAUGUUAAGCGAGAUACGGAACUUUCAAUACUUUGCUAUACAAGGCUCGUGCCCUAUUAUUUGGUUGCUGGACAGAAACAAAAUGUGAUGUGGAAAACAGCUGAAGUUUUUUUUGUGCACAGUGAUGAAGCAUGCUAUGAAAAUAUAUGUAAAGAAUUAUAUUUGAAUGGGGUCUUGUUAAUAUGCACUUACUCAGAAAUCAGAAAUGAAAUAUAUGCCUUAGUUACACUAGAAUACAUCAAUUAAUAAUACUGACUAGUACGACUUCCCUAGGAUUCGCCAGUAAGUGGCGAUAUUCCGUAAAUGCAAAAACGAAAGUAUUUCAUUAAUUGUAUUAACUCUGCAAAUUGAUGAUUUUCAAAACUUAGCUCUACUUCUGGAUAUAUUUCGACUAGGCGCCAUAAUACGAUAAGAAACUGCAGAACUUUUGGUUUCGAUAGGUGGGGUAUCUAAGCGAAGGUAGAAAGUACUAUCGAUGAUUUAAUUAACACGAAUUUAAAACUAAGUUUUCAUAUAUUGACAUACUGGUAUUUAGAGAUAGCAAUAAGCGCAUUGAUAUGAUUGCAAGAAAAUCAUAUAUGAAACACAGUGUUAUAGAAUGUAAACAAUGUGUGAGCAAAUCAAGUGGCUUUUACAUUCACAGUUGGUUUCUUUGUUGUAAAUACGCAUGGUUAGUCAGUCAUGAGUAGAAAAUCUUUAAAACGUGAAAUGCAGCUUCAUUCAAUCUUAUGUUUGUCAUAAUUCACUUUAGGCUAUUUUAAGCUUUA